CGACGUCCACUAUAUAAUUCUGAAAUCCCAAAAGUUGAACCCCUAACUACCGUUUUCGACUCUGGUUUAGGGUUUGUGAGCGGGAGUAGGAGAUGUACACGACGAGCCAGUUCGACGGCAACGCCGCCUUCUCCGGUGGCGGUUUCAUGCCUUCUCAGGCCACCCAGACCGCCGCCGAUCCUUCCUUUUCUCCCGCCAAAAGUCGUGAUACCCAGCCAUUGCUUCCGUUGACGGUGAAGCAAAUAAGCGAAGCUUUUCAGUCAAGCGACGAGAAGUCAAAUUUCCUGGUCGAUGGUGUUGAUGUGAACAAUGUUACGUUGGUGGGGAUGGUUUGCAACAAAGCAGAAAGGAUAACUGAUGUUUCAUUUGUGAUAGAUGAUGGCACAGGACGCAUCGACUGUAAUAGAUGGGUAAAUGAAGCUCUGGAUACCAAAGAAAUGGAGGGAAUAUCAAAUGGGAUGUAUGUUCGGGUUCAUGGACACUUGAAAGGAUUUCAGGGUAAAAGGCAAUUAGUUGUGUUUUCUAUCAGGCCUCUAACUGACUAUAAUGAGAUUGCAUACCACUUUUUUGAGUGUGUGUAUGUCCAUUUCUACAACAGCAGAUUGAGGCUGCAAGGUGGUGUCCCUAUUCUCAACAUACCAAAUUCUGCAGUUAACACCCCUUCAAAGGGAUACCAAGCUGCCUCUUCAAAUCAAUAUGCCGGGCAAUUCAGCACUGAUGGACUCAAGGGCAUUGACCAAAUGGUGAUAGAUUAUCUUCAGCAACCUUCAUGCCUCGCAAGGGAAAAGGGGGUGCACGUUAAUGAAAUUGCCCAACAAUUAAACAUGCCAUUGGAGAAGAUCACAAUAUCGAUCAAGGCUCUUGAAGAUGAAGGACUGGUUUACUCGACAAUUGACGAAUAUCACUUCAAGUCUACUGGCAAUGGUUGAAGUCUUGAGUGUCCGAUAGAGUACCGGGCAGGAGUGCUGGCUCUUUUUUCUAAAGAGAGGACUUUAAUCUUUUUAAAUUCUGGGGUAUAACAUAUAUAUGUAUAUGUAUAGAUAGAUGGUUAAAAUCUCACUAGUUUUCUCGUUGAACAAGGUUCAUUUAUGGCUGACUAUUACUACUCAACAAUGAAUCAAGAUGGGUGGUUGUCCUA